UCAAUCACUGUUCGAUCAAGCUUUGGUUGGGCUAUAAAAAGCCCUCUUGUUCUUCGAUUUUCUCCCCAUCUAGCAAAGGAGCAAGAUGCUAUAGAGGCGAGACAUCAAUUGAACGCAAAGUUGGCGAAAAUCAAUGGCCUAACAAUGGAUCACCAACACAGGACGGCUUACAAGACUACUAAUGACUUGAUUAAG